CCGAAAUAAUUUCCCCCUCCACCUCACUAAACCCAAGCACCCAUCGCAGCGCGUCUGCCUCCCUCGAUAAUCUUUCGCGCCUCGCAACUCUCGCCCAAAUCUUGUCGCGACAAUCACCUUCGCUUCCAACCUCAGCACGCCCGUCACCUCCACGUCACACAGCGAAAAUGGGUGAAUCACGACAGGAACUCGUCCAAUGGCUGAACAGCCUUUUGCAGCUCAACAUCACCAAGGUUGAGCAGUGCGGAACUGGAGCCGCUCUGUGCCAGGUCUUCGACAGCAUUUACCUCGAUGUCCCCAUGUCGCGAGUCAAGUUCAACAUCAACAGCGAAUAUGCAUACAUACAGAACUUCAAAGUGUUGCAGAACACGUUCACCAAACACCAGAUCGACAAGCCGAUCCCCGUCACCGCCCUAGUAAAGUGCAAGAUGCAAGACAAUCUCGAGUUCCUGCAAUGGGUCAAGCGAUUCUGGGACCAGUACUACCCGGGUGGUGAGUACGACGCCGUCACGCGGCGGAAAGGCGCACCUCUGGGAUCGUCGGGAGCCAGCGCCGGUGCCCCCCGUGUCGCUGCUACCGGCGGCGCAAGGAGGGGAGGUACAACUCCCACGACCAGCGGAGGCCGGACCGCGGCCAAGGUAGGCCUGGGGGCUGCCGGUGGUGGCGCGGCCUCCGCCGCACUGCAAGCCGAGAACAACACGCUCAAGGAGACCGUCGUUGGUCUGGAGCGCGAGCGCGACUUCUACUUCAGCAAGCUGCGCGACAUCGAACUGCUCGUGCAGAAUGCCGUCGAUGAGGAUCCCGAGCUCGAGAAGCAGGAGGACGGUCUGGUUAAGCAGAUCCAGGUCAUCCUCUACUCGACCGAGGAGGGCUUUGAGAUCCCCGCCGAGGGCGAGGCCGCGGACGACCAGGAGACGUUCUAGGCUAGCGGCGAUCGAUAUCGUCCCUCUUGAAGACUCUUGCCCUCCUGCCACCGAGACCUGGCGCCGCCGUAUCUUCCGACGGGCUGGUCCGUGGUGACGGAGAAGCAAAGCCCGUCCUUGACUUGGCCGGAUUUUUGAGUCGAGCUGUAUCGAGACUGUUUCAUGGUGGUUUGGUUCACGGACGUCCGUGGUUAUACAAGUGACGCGAUACCUUGGAGCACGGAUAUCUGAAAAUUUGGUAUGGGCAUGGGAGCGAGUUGGGCCUGUUUAUGGCGGGCCAUGUAAUUCGGGCGGGCGUCUUUUACAAGGGUUAAAGACUUUUUUUCACUACUACCUUCGCCUCCCCUGGUGUUGGAAUGUUUGAGUCAUCUGGCCAGCGCAUUCACAUGUGGCGGGCCGUUGGCGGGUGCAUCUGAGGGGGGCCUCUCUACUGGAUUAAUACAGGUGAUCGUAAGAUAGAGUCCAUACAAUACGCUAAACGGAACAUACCCACAGAUGUUCUAGCUGAGAUGUGCCGAUCACCUUAGCCAAACUAACCACUGGAGGUGCAGCUCUCGUGAAGUCUU